AUGACCCUCACCGCGACUCUCGGGGUCUUUCAGAUGGGGGUUCGACUGAUGUUGGGAGAUUCCACGUCGACGUGGGUGUACGUGUGGCUCGUGGCAGGCUGCCAUGCGCUGUUCCUCGUGAGUUUCUUCGCGACGAUCAUGCUCGUGGCUAACGGGUACACCUUGACGUUGCCCACGGUGCGCCCUCGGGAUUGGGCCCGCAUCCUACUGAUUGCUUGUGUGCUGGGACUCGUUCGCUGGGUGCGCAGUGUAGCCGAUUCAUUUGCAGGGAUGCUGGUCGAACUGACGUUGCAAUUUUUGGUGCUGCUGUACGUGCUACAGGCGUGUUCGUUGAAUGUGCACUUUUCGUUGUUCUUGGUGGCCUUGUUGAGACGGGAAGGAUUGGGCCAAGAGGUUGCGGUGGUAGAACCGUCUACCCACCUCUUCAAGCAAUGUCAAAUUGCCUUUUCGUGCUUCUUUAUGGGGUACAUGGCGAUAUGUGCGUGGUCGUUGACUAUUCUGCAACCCUUUCGAACCACGUUUUUCCUCCUUGAACAGUCGCUGUUGCUUGGUCUAGCUACCUACUUUGGGUUCCACUUGCGUCCAGACUCCAAAUCUGGAUUGGUGGACGUGGCCCAGCAUCUGAAUGUGUCUGCAAUGUCCGACUCAUUCUCGAGAGUGCGAUCCAAUUUGAAUGCACCGGAAGAGAUACGACCCCUUGUGACAUCGUCUUCUGUGGUGGUCAUUGAGUAUCCGCCGUCCAGGACGCCAGCGGGGCGAUUCAUGCCCAACUUCGGCGUUGGGGUUCUCGAGCUAAGCUCAAUUCUGAAUCCACCUUCGUUUGAGCCACUACCCCUACAUCUGUGUGUGUUGUGUGCCAACGUCUGCUAUUUCAAGUACCGACGCCCCCCCCAAGUUCCCCCCAAGCCCCCCCCCACAUCGUUCUAUUACUCUGUGACCAUGUCCGACGCCACGACCAACGACAAGUCGGUCACGGACCUCAAGUUCAACGGCCGGAAAGUCAUGUUCACCGCCUGGAAGGCCCGCAUCAUCGCGCACCUCAACUCCAAGUCGACAGAAGACGACCCCUGA